AUGGGCAUCAAGGUGGAUCCUCUUAAAAUUGAAGCUAUUGAAAAAUGUGAAGCACCGAAAACCCCAACAGAAAUCAGAAGUUUUCUUGAAUUGGCAGGUUAUUACCGAAAGUUCAUACAAGAUUUUUCUCCUAUAGCUACUCCACUAGCUGCAUUAACGACAAAGAAUGUGAGAUUUAAAUGGAAGGAGGAGCAAGCUAAGGCUUUUCAGAGAUUAAAAGAUAAACUGUGUAGCGAGCCAAUUCCAUCUUUACUUAAUGGAACGAAAGAUUUUAUGGUUUACAGUGAUGCCUCAAAGUUGGGUCUAGGCAAGGCGAAUGUGAUACUUGAUACUUUAAGUCGAAAAGAAAGGAGUGGUACAAUUAAAGCUAUAGCGUUAAGAGUUGCAUUAUUGACAAGUAUACAGGAUGAAUUACAAAGAUUCCAAAGCGAGGUUGUAAGAGAAAACAAGAUCAAAAAGGAACGACUUGGUGGAGUGAUAUUUGAACUAGUAAAAGGCGGUCGGGAAUUGUUAUCUUUUCAAUGCAGAGUUUGGGUACCGUCUUAUGGUGAUCUCAGAGAAUGCAUUUUAAGUGAAGCCAAUAAAUCUCGUAAUGGGAUCACAUUACUAUGGAUUUCAUAA